UUUUACAUAUUUAUCAAUGUUUUACCUAAUGUUUUUCCUUAUUUAUAGCAGCGCCGCCAGCUCAGGCUUUCCCCACGCCGGAGUUCCCCCGUGCCGGACAGCACGGAACAUCGAUAGCUAUCGACGUCUCACAACACUAAACACCUACGAUCUCUAGUAACCAAAAACCACAAAAAGGUAAACAAAAGGUGACUAUGGCAUCUUGUUCUGCCAAUUCCCUCAUCAGCCUGCAAGAUAACCCAAAUAAGAAGGCGGAUCUGCAGCGGCACGACGGCGACAAUUCGCAGGAAUUUUACUGGAGUCCGGGUUGCCCCGGAGAACUACUAACCCGACGGUACGGUAGACGUGGACCUCCCUGCGGUCAGCUGCUCGCACGUUUGGAACGGACCCGCCGGCGGUAAUGGAAGAUGGUGGAUUAGGAUCCUGACUCCGAAAUGAUUGAUGGACGGAUUACCUAAUAUACAAUAAAAUGUAUUUUUCAUGUGGCUCACAAAUCACGAAGAGACUCCAAAAAUACAGCAGCCCGCCAAUUUGUUAAGCUCGAUUGGAAAAAAGGUGCACGAUAAAGUUAACCAGCAUAGACCACCGCCGCUUUUUUCGGCCUUAUCGUCCCUAGAAAUGCUUGACAAUAAAUUAGAUUUUGUGCAAAUUCUCCCGUCCGAUCGAUCCACUCGAUGGUGUCCGUUCGCCAUGAUGGUGCAAAAAGUGGAAAAGAAUCCGAGUACCGGACGAGAAAUAUACUAACCUCAGGCAAAUCGCAGGUUCGUGUGAUUUAUAUCAUAACAAAAGGUGGAGGGCGCGAGAGAAAUGGCAGAUCGAAUAUUGGCUACCCUUCUGCAACUAAACACUGUACAUGUAUUAUUAAAACACGAUAAAGCAAAUGACAUCAACAAGAACCUCUGUAAAAAUAAUAUAUUACCACCUCUUAACUUUCAGUAUUAUU